AUGGCACUUGGCAUUGAAAGAUUCAAUGACUCGGGCGAUGUCUAUCUAGGGAUCAGUGGGUCGCUUCGUCUUCAAGAAAGAAUCAAUCGCUUAAAGUGUCUAGACAACCACAUACUGACGAUCAACCUGACGGGAACAUGGGAUUGGAAGAUCCCCGGUAAUGAAUCAGGGGGAUUGAGCUCAAUCGACAUCAAGCGCAAGAAUGUUACCAAUCCGAAGACUGGCACUCCGGUACCUAAUUUGAUACGCGGCCACAUUUUUCACGGGCCGAACAACAUGACUGAUACUAUAUACAAUUUCGGCGGAGCGACGUACAUGAACAAUCAGUCCUUCGAAGGCUAUUUGCAGCCAGACAGUUCACAAUAUCCCCUCUGGACGUAUGAUCACACGCAAGACAACCCGUGGGAUCAACAUACCAUACAACAGGUUUGGCAGCCGAAUCAUGGCGCUGCAGCUGAGGAUGUCGAAAAGGGGCUUGGUUUCUAUCUAGGUGGACAAAUCGAUAUGGGAACUUCGACCAAAACCCUGGGGAGGCCCUUCAAGGACCCCACUCAGAAUCUGUAUAUGCCGCUGCAAGGAAUGCUGAUCAUCAACCUGGUCGAUCUCGACAGCCCUUCGGCAAACAUAUCGACAUCUAGCAUGAACAGAGGCACUCCGAGAGUUGGGGGCACCUUGGACUAUAUCCCUGCAGUAGGCGACAGUGGGAUUUUAGUUGCGCUAGGUGGACAGAUCCAGCCUGGUCUUCAGUUCGGUGAAAUUGCCAACAGAACGAAAGGAGAGCUUAUCGACUUCAACACCGUAGAUGUGUUUGACUUGGACUCUUACUUCAAGGAUCCAUCCAGUAGUAACGGCACAUGGUACCAGCAAGCUACCACAGGCGACAUACCACCUCCGAGAAUCGACUUUUGCACCGUUUUCACCUCUGCGCCAGACAAUUCAAGCCACCACAUCUACCUAUACGGCGGUAUCGAUCCUAUCAACAACAAGUUCUACGACGACGUCGUAGUUUUGUCGAUCCCAUCAUUCACGUGGACGAACAUCUGGCCGGUUGGAGAGAGCCCUCGACUGGGACACGGUUGCCAUCGGGCCGGCAAGCGACAGAUGGUUACAGUGGGUGGAAACGUGACCAAUUUAGACUGCGACUGGGAACGUAAAGGCGUCGCCUUCCUCGAUCUGUCGACCGCUAAAUGGGGCAGCGUAUUCCUUGGCAACCAAAGCGACUACGAAGUCCCGCAAAACGUAUUCAAGGUGACAGGUGGCCAAGCGGAUGGGAAAGCUACCGUCGGUGAACCGAAGCAGGGCUGGACGGAGAAGGGACUGGGUGAGGUGUUCCACAAGUCACGAUAUACAAUACCCUCAACCUGGGCCCUGUCAAACGAUACUUCAGGGUCUGGAAGCCCGUCAGAAUCGAAAAAGACGAAUGUUGGUGCCAUCGCCGGCGGGGUCGUAGGCGGUAUUGCAGGCCUCGCCCUUAUUGCAGGCAUCCUCUUCAUCCUGCACCGUCGACACGUCAAAGGACGAUCUGGUUCCGAACUUCACAGCGACGAUGUGCCCCGCUCUAGCAACGACGAGACGAAAGACAAGUACGGGCUUCAAGGAGUUAACGGAAACGAUCCUGCCGAGCUGCCGGGGCCUGAUGCAGUGGAGCUGAACGCCCCGAGGGAUUUUGUCGAAGCAGAUCACGACACAGCAACGCGGGCAUCGGAGCUUCCGGGUACGAACACUGUUGCUGGCGGCGUGCAUGGAGUACCAAUACUGCGGACACCUGGAGAUGACCUACCCGAGACUCCGAAGUAUACGCCGGGGUUGAGGAGGCCAGCUAGUGCAGGUGAUCGGAGGAGAAGGAGCUCGAGUAGCGCGAGUGACGGGGUAAGAAAAGCACGGCAGGCUCCCCCAAAGCAGCCGCAAGACCGGAAGGAAGACUACUUCAGCACUUCUACAAAGAAAUCUCCGCCCAAUGUCGAGAGCCCGCGCAGUGAGAAAGAGGACGUCUCCCAGACGCCUCACGAACAGGUUUCUCCGCCUGAACCUGAACCGCCCGCGCGCGCGCCCUCGACAAAGCCGCCGCCGCUUCCUGGGAGUGCUCUAUAG